AUGCUUGACGUGCCAUGUGUGGCCAGGUUUGGACACCUGCAUCAAAUCUUCGACACUAUUGACACGGAUCAUGACGACCGGCUUACAAAGCAAGAGUUCGUGGCAGGAAUGAGCCAGCUUGGGAUCAAUCUUGCUCCAGACCAAGCAGAGAAGGAAUUCAGUAGCAUCGACAUGGACCACGGUGGCAUGAUCCUCUUCAAAGAGUUCUGCGCGUAUGUCCGGAGGCGGGUGCAGCCGGAGCACAAUCCUGGGUUUGACGCAGACAUUGUAUCGAAAGAGAAAUCAUCAGACACCCUGAGGAAGAAGCAUGGCGAUAAGGUCACCCAUGGCCACUUCGUCAACAAGAAAACCAUGGCGGACUUUGACAAGUUGGAAAAGGAGUUCAAGGACAUGCUCAAAGCAAAUGACCAAGCCAAACUUGCCAAGUUAUGGAAGAGACUUGAUUUCAAUGGCAACCACAUUGUCUCCCUUUCUGAGGUGGACAAAAUGGUGACCGAACAGUUCCCGUUGCUCAACCACAAACCUGCCCUCAUGCGCGCUUUCAAAGCAACUCUGCGAGAAGGAAAUGGAGAUGACUGGGUCCAGAAGCAUGAGUUCAAAAUGCUUCUAGGCAACCUGUUCUAUUUCAACAAGCUCUUCUGGCUCUUUGAUCAGGUCGAUGAAGAUCACGACAGGCGCAUGACUCUGAAGGAGUUCCAAUGGUGCAUGUCAGUGUGUGGGAUCAAGCUUUCCAAAGCAAAGCUCGAGGCAGAAUUCAAGAAGAUCGAUGUCAAUGGUGGCGGCAUAAUUUUAUUCGACGAGUUUUGCCGCUAUUUCACGGAUCGGCAUUGCCCUGAAGCCAUGCAGGACUUUGUUGACAACCUGUGA